UCAUAGCCCAAGGAACAGACAGUCUGGUCACCAUUAUGUAUCCUGGGGAAUCAGUCUGGAGGAGUGUGCCAGCUCAGUCGUUGGUACCCUUAUCGAAACAAAAUGUAGGUUGGAAAAUUAGUAGUGAGGAACGACAGCAAGAUGAUUUUAAGUGCGCGGCAAAUCAAUGGUGUGCAAUUUUAGAUCUCACGAGUGAUUGUCAUAUGUAUACUUGUGUACGAUGUUAUAAGGGGAGAAAUGUAACUUUGAUAACCCCUAACUGUACAUUGAUGUUGAAUGCAACGGUGAAUAUGUGUCAUUGGAAUAUAACCGCUCGUGAAUGUGAAAGCUCAAAUGGGACACGAUGGAACAUCACGACUGGAGAUGAGGACAUCUGGAUCAGCAAUGGAACAGUUAUUCAAAACCGGACUCGAAUGUUAUGGCUGAUCUUGGUGCGCCCUAACGUCUCUGACGCGCACCGCACACAGUUGGCUCCCAUUAUGUCAACUUGUCAGCAGAUGGCCCAGGCAGUACUGCACACUGAUGUUCACUGGCAGGUGCGGCUGCCGGCUAUCCCAGAAUGCCAACAUAAGAGGAGGCGGCGUGCAUGGUAUGACACUCUACUGGGAGGUGCAGGAACUGUCAUGGGUAUCUCAAAUGCUAUUGAUUCUGAGGUAACCCGUACUAAAUUAUCUAACACGGGACAGGCCACCUCACGAGGACUACAUACUAUUGGAAGGUGGGUGCCAUCCGUAAUGAUGACUCAAGGAGAGACAGCUGAAAUAAUGAUACGAUCUCUGCAAUGGGAACUGGAUGUCUGGGGUGCCACUCAGGAACUGUUUGGGAACAUUACGGCUCAGUUAAAUUGGACUGCCUGUCAUAUUCAAAUGUUGCAUGCUCAAAUACAGAAAGAACGCUUUUUGCGUGUGGUAACAUCCCCCAAUGUACAGGCGUGGAGGGGGCUAUGGAAUGUAUCUGAGAAAUUGUGGAUGAUAACCCAUCCAGAGCGAACAUGGUGUAACGCAACUAUGUGUAACGGAUACUUUGUUACCAUGAAUGUAACCCACACUGUUACGGUCUGUCGAUAUUAUGUAUUACCAGUGAUUACAUCUUCUGGAUAUUAUUUUCUGAAGACAAGGGGACAGUGGUUUAGCCCAGAUACCAAUAUUGCCUAUGAUCUGUCCGCUUGUGAACAGACUGAUCAGGGGAAAACUUGCCUACUGAUGGACAGGUAUCGGGACCCUUGCUUGACUAAGGGAACGGCCCUGUGCGAAUGGACUGUUGAGACUCCAAGGGACAUGAUGUGGCAGAUUGGGCCACACACGCUCUGUGUGGCUACCAAUAAUCCACAUCCUAUGCUUCCCUCAGCACCGUUCUCCGGCUGCCUCUCAAAUGUCUAUCAGUGGCACUGGCAGAAUCAGACCUAUUUGUUGAAUCCCUGGGACAUUUCCCUGGAUCGGUUUAAGCGAGCAUUGGACCGAUCCGAGGUGCUUAAGCAGAUAUUACGAAAGCAUCAAACCAAUGUCACCAAGGUUACGGUGUCUACCUUUAUACAUGGACAGGAGGUAGUACAUGCUGCCCGUGUAGUGGACGUGGAGUCAGCUCAUCAUUGGUGGGACAUAUUGAGUGGUAUGUCCUCCACUGCGGGGACAUUCCUGUUCCCACCCUUGUCGAUCCUGGUAGCGGUCCUGGUGAUUUUAACAUGCUGUAAUGUCCUGACUUGCUUGUAUAUUUGGCGUGUACGUAGGCGCUUGUUAGAAAGAAUACAUAUGGGCAUAAUGUAACACAUGUAUUGGGUCAAGCAGUGGAAUGUGGUGUAAAAUUAUGUCCCAAUACAUGUGUGA